AUGUGGGCAGAUCUGGGGGAUACUCUCUCGCAGCAGUACACUGGAGCUGCAUCCACGAUGGGAGCGGCUCUACGUCAGGGUGGGCACACUGCUCGGGCCAUGUUGGAGAAAGGGUGGCGUGCAGUGAACCGCGCUUACUGUGCCCACUUUGAGGAUGAUGCAAGGCAAGCUGCGCUACAACUUCUACUGGGCAGCCACAAGUUGACUAAGGUGCCAAUGGCAGAGAUCCGACGUUGUCCACAAGGAAAGCUUUUGGUUGCAGUUGCCUCCUGGAAUCUGCAUGGUCAUCCCUGCUGGGAAUGCCCCGCAACGCUGAAAGGCCUGAUUCAGGGCGCCUCCACUGUGAACGGUGAACAAGUGCAUCCUGAUAUUUUUGUCUUCGCGUUUCAAGAGUUUGCAGAGCUUUCUGCCAGCAACGUGGUCUUGCUGAGUUCCGGGGAUGAAGCGCGGCAGUCGGAGUUUGAAGCGAAAGCCUCGACGGCGUUGAACGAGACGGGCGAGACGUUUGUACCAGUACGUUCGGUCGGUAUGGUUGGCCUUGUGGUGGCAGCGUUUGUGGCCUCGCGCUUGGCGAGCUCCAUCCGCAGUGUAAGCGCCCAGCGCAUCCGUUCUGGACUCUAUGGCCAAGCUGGCAACAAGGGUGCUGUGGCUGUGACGUUUCAAGUAGAAGAGACGAGCAUUUGUGCUGCAUCGGUGCACUUGGAGAGCGGUCAACAAGUCAAGAAGGCUCAGGAAAGGGCAGAUCAACUGCGAGAGAUUCUUCACAGCCUUUGCCGCGACAAGGGUGCAGAUCUUGUGGUGCUUAGCGGCGAUUUCAACUUCCGAGCCAAUUUUCCAGACGCUUCUGCAAAUCCUCAAGCCUUGCGAAAAACCUUGACAGGUGGAUGGAUGAGUGUGGAACAGGGCAGCCCAGUUGGAAUUGCUCAGAUUGGAGAAGGAUCAGCGCCAUCAGCUGAAGAGGUCUUGCGACUCUUUCGUGAAAGCCCCUCGGAAAAAAAAUCGGGAUGA